GACGUACCUCCGGCGCGUCAUACACACGCGACCCAAAUAAACCGUCGUCGGUAGCUAGCUAGCUAAAUGUCGCCGUUAACCAUGAACGGCUAUUUUAUCAGAAUGAAAGCAGCAUUUUGAGGGUGACAAUGAUUUCGGUGAGCUACAUUCUGUUGUGCGGACAGCUACUGCUGCUGCUGGCGGUGAUUCUGUUACAAUGUCUGGAAGGAAUUCAUUCCCAAAACUCUUCGACAUCGGAGACCCCCUCCGCUUCUCCUGGGCAGGGAGCUACCGCGGUCCCGUUCAGCGAGCAGCCGCCGGAAAUCGUCGUGAAAUACGAAAUACCGGUGGAAAACGGGAAUUAUACAGAGCCCUAUGAGUACAAACCCCCGUCACCGGUCGUCCUCUGCAGCUACCUACCAGAGGAGUUCAUCUACUGUCAAGAUCCCGUCGAUCAUUCAAUGAACCACAGCGCUUUUCAGGAGAUGGGCCACGGUUGUGUCGGGUGGGGGGGCCAGACUCAGAAAGAGGUGAACCGCACACGGGUUAUCUGCACCGCCCUCGACGAUAUUGAGUGUGCCGGACCCAGAGAGUUCCUCAGAGGAAACGUGCCCUGCAUCAAAUACACCGGCCACUACUUCAUCACCACGCUGCUGUACUCCUUCUUCCUGGGCUGUUUCGGGGUGGACCGCUUCUGCCUGGGCCACACCGGCACCGCCGUCGGGAAGCUGCUCACCCUGGGCGGCCUGGGAAUCUGGUGGUUCGUGGACUUGAUCCUGCUCAUCACCGGCGGCCUGAUGCCCAGCGACUACAGCAACUGGUGCACCUACUACUGAGACGGACCGGCAGAGUGGGACUGAGGACUGAGUUAAAUAUUGAGAACUCCAGCGAUGGGGCCUCGGCCGGCCAUAGUAAUGAACCUGUGGGCUCUUCGGGGCAAAGUGGAGUCCAGGGACCUCCUGAGGACUCCUAGAGGGUUCCCAGGAUCCUCCCCAGAAUAAUGAGAACUCAUUUAAUUAUAAUUUAAUCCUUUGGAAUGUCUCCCAGAAUGCGUAAGAAUGACUAUGACACUCACAGCGUUCCCGAGAGCGACCGUGGCGACAGAUUGAUGAUGAUGAUGAGAUGAUGAGGAUGAUAAUAAUAAGAGUACCAAACUGUCAACUAGGGUCUCUUUCACACCUGCAGACCCGCUCGUAAGGUCUGGACCAGGGACAUAUUCUUGCCUUUCUGUCCUGGUCUGCCUCAUGAUGGCUUUGACUUGACUAACACACAAAGUAGGUCUGGAGUACUAGUGAUGUGUCGGGGAAAUAAAACACUGCACUCGUAUAGUGGCAUGAUGCGUUACCGUGGUUACCCGAUGGUUUGCAUAAAUAGAUGCAUUGCUUAUAAGAUUGCGUAUUUGACCGUUGACGAUCAGUAGAUGGAUCUAUAAGUAGUCUGUGCUAAAACGAACACAUCUCGCAUCAUGACUUCA